AUGUCGGACUGGGAUACGGUGACUGUACUGCGCAAGAGGGCCCCCAAGGCGUCUGCCAUGAAGACGGAAUCGGCGAUAAAUCAGGCAAAACGACAGGGGCUCCAGGUGGACACCCAACAAAAAUAUGGUGCUGGCACAAAUAAGCAACAUGUAGCCACGAAAAAUACUGCCAAGCUGGACAGAGAGACUGAGGAACUGAAGCACGAGAAAAUUUCACUAGAUGUUGGAAAACUCAUCAUGCAGGGACGUCAAUCAAAGGGGAUGAGUCAAAAGGAACUGGCUACGAAAAUCUGCGAGAAGCCGCAAGUGGUGAAUGAGUACGAAGCUGGCCGAGGGAUACCCAACAAUGUCAUCCUGGCUAAGAUGGAGAGGGCACUUGGGAUAAGGCUUCGUGGAAAGGAACGCGGCAAACCGAUGGUGCCUCCUACGAAGAAGUAAAUUCGCGGGAGGCAAAAAAACAACCCCAAAAGAAACCCCCUCAUUCGUAUUUUUUCUCCGUGUCCUCGACUUGCACGUCUGCCCCAUUGGGACAGCAUUCGGCCAGCAAAACGUCCGGAAGAGGGCUACGAAUGUGGGGGGUGUGUGUGUGCGGAGAGGGAGGAAAGGCGAGGAGUUUUCAUUGUAGAUUUUCCAGCGUUUUAAAUCUCAUUGUUGAACUUAUGGAUUCUUUUCACAUCGAACAAUGCUGCGAUUUUAAACUUUGUAACUUCCCUUUUGUGCAUUUUUAUCAUUACAACACGCGAAAAAAAGGAGGGAUUUAUGCGCCAUCCUGCAGAGCUACGAAUACCGAGGAAUAAAUGCCCGAUAAACACCCCCAGAUAGUAAGUUACAAAAGAAGAAACCCGCCAAAAAAAGAACUUCUCAAUGAUAGUCAAUAGGAUUAGCUAAAAAAAAACCAGAAGAUUGCAUUUCCUUAAAAAAAGCAAUUUUCAGUCGCUCUGAUUUUUUAAAUUUAAAAACAAUUUGCCAGAAGACGAAGCAGCUACAACCCUCUAAAAGGGAUGUGUCGAUGAUUUUUUAAUGUAAUUAUUGUAUAAAUUCCUUUUCAAAUCAAUCAAAAAAAUGAAGAUUUAAGCUGAAAUUAUCAUGAUAUUGGAAUAAUUUUACGGGAAAAAUCGCCAAAAUUUUUAUUUGUAAUUUGAUUUUAUGGCAAUAGAAGUUUUGAUUUAAAAAAAAACCUCUUUGUUUUUAAUUUUUUAAUUGAACGCACAAAAGUCUUCUAGAAUUAAGUAAAUGUCGUUAAUAUAAAUUGAUCUUAUGAAGAUUUCCUCUCGUAAAAUAUUUAGAACGAAAAAUUUAAUUAAAAUGACAUAAAUCGACCCGAAAAAUUCUCCAAUUUAUUUGCAAAAAGCCACGUUUUCCCGCAAUUUUCCGUACAUUGACUCCUUAUAUAGUUGCACGACACGAAUGCCUAACUACGAAUUGCAAUGAGCUUCAUUUAACAUUAAAGUUUUAAGAACUUUUUGGCAUUUUAUUUAAAUUGAGUUUGCAACAUUAUUAUAAUAUCCCUCAUUUCCUCGCUGAUCCAUUCAAAACCAACUUCCACAAAAUGCAGUCAUGGUAAAAAAAAUGUUUUAAUAAUAAUUUAGUAUUUUGGGAAAGAUUCUGAGAAAAAUCUUUCAUUUUUCAUGAAAUAUGAGUUGUAAGAUUUGGGCUCCAUCUUUUGAUUAGAAAAUUAUGCUUUUGGUCAGAAAAUUCUGAUUUUAAUCAGAAGAUUAUUCCGUUUUGGUCAGAAAAAUGUUCUAAUUCCAAGAGAAAUGUUCCAUUUUGUCAGGAAAAUCUGACAUUUUGAUCAGAAAAAUAUGACAUUCGAACAGGAUAAUAAGCAAUGGAUGUUUACUUCUUUAGUCGUAUUGCAAUAGGAGCAAUUCUUUCCUAGAAAGCUUUAAGGACAUUCUAUAGAAGACUUCUGAUAAAUCAAAGGCGAUUCUCUCAAAUAACCUUUCUUUUUUUACAACAUAAAUGUUCUAAAAUUUCUUCCAUAAAUGUUGAAAAUCAAUAGUAGGUAUUUGUUGAUUCAGAAAACAUUUAGAAAUAUCUUUAAAGAUCCCUGGAAAAGCAAAAUUUUCCAGAAAGACACAAACUGUCAAAAUCUUGAAAGAUUUUUCAUUAAUUAACAAAAAUUUUGUAAUUUAAGAAAAGAAAGAUUUUAAACAGAAUUGACCCUAAUCUAUUGAUUUCUUUUCUAGUUAAUUUGCUUUUAAAUUACGAUAUGUAAAACAAUUUCAAACUGUUGAAAUCUUUUAAUUUUUCAAAAAGAUUUUAGACAGAAUUGAGCUUCUUUUUCUUAAAAAUUUAAUGAAGAAAAAAUUACAUGGGGACUGAAAGCGAAGGUUACUGGAGACAGUUACCAAGUCCUCAUUAUCCAAAUGAGAGCACUAAAAACAGAAAAAAAAACUAGAAAGGUAUCUAGUAUAAGAUCUUAUUAUUUAUUUUUUAUGUUUUGUCGUCGAUUUGAAAAAUAAAUUGAAAAUAACUUUCUCAAUAUCUUGGCUUCUACGACAGCUAUAGCAAUUGAUUUAUCAAUAACUUCUUAUCUAAUCAAUGAUUAUCAUGAUGAGCUGAAUAUUUUCCCAACAAAAAGUAAUUUUUCUUUGGAUUAAAAGAAUUUUUUUUUCACAGAAGAUUCUGGCUUGAGAAAAUUAUUUAAAUGUCUUAGAAAUUCCUUCCUCAAAAUUCCUUUUCAAGUUAAACAGGGAAAUUCAAACAAGUCUCUCGAGGAACUCUAUAAUCGCAAGAGUGACCGCAUUUGCGAAUGGCGACUCGGAACUUUUUCUUUUCGCGCGUGGGUGUGUAGCAUUAUUAAAAUUUCAUCCUGCAAAGCGGCCCAUUAUUUUUUAUGCCAAAACUUUGGGAAGUGAAUGAGCAUUUUGAGCCAGCUGCAAGGAUGUGAAAAUUUCUUUUGCUAUUCGACACAUCCCUCCCCACAUUGUUGCUUCCCUUCGAAGGCAUCAGCUGCAUUGUAAAAGAAAUUUUUAUUGCUCCUUCAAAGGCUCUAUUACAUACAAAAAUAUACCUACAUAUUAUUUUGAAAUUUAUGUAGUUUAAAACGUACAGAUUGGUGUAUUGUGCAAAGUUUAAAUAAACAUUUAUACUAAUCAUCUCUCUCACUCAAUUAAAA